AUAAAUAAUAAAGAAGUAAACAAACAUCCCCAAAAAUCAAAGGGGAGGUUGUAAAUCAGUAAAUUUGAAAAGUCAACACUGAAUACAACGAUGUCGGAAUUCGAUGUGGAGCCGGGGGCCGCGAGGGACAGCGUUCUUGUAGCCUCAGGGUCUAUUGAUAAUUUUGAGCAAAUGAGUUCCAGUCUGGAAGAAAUCAAAAACGAAAACUCUGUAGGAUCUGGCGAGGAUCCCAACACACUAACCAGCUCCAACGAGAACCAGGAGGACGGUGUGGAUAAGCCAGAGAAUGGGGCUACAGUCGAGGAGGAUUAUGAGGACUCUCUGGACUGGGCGGGCAAAAGGAAACAUAUAUUUGUGUUAAGUAAUGCAGGAAAACCCAUUUACUCUAGACAUGGUAAUGAAGAUAAGCUUGCCUGGCUUUUUGGAGUUAUGUUAGGCUUAUUUAAAUACAGUCAUGAUAGUAUCAAGAGUAUCCAUGCCGGAGAUACAACUUAUGUAUUCUUGUCUAAAAAGCCUCUGAUUCUUGUGGCUGUGUCAAAAACUGGAGAAAGUGUUAGUCAGCUUACAGUACAACUGAAUUAUGUAUUCAACCAAAUAGUUAGCAUAUUAACAUUAAGAAGACUGACGAAAACUUAUGAAGAUCGAGCAAAUUAUGAUCUCAGGAGGCUCCUACUCGGGGUGGAUCGGCUAAUUGACCAUUUAUUAGACUUUUCAGAGUAUGAACCAGCUUUUAUGUUGGGGGCCAUUCAGUGCCUUCCUUUGGCCGCCUCAGAAAGAGACUCUAUUAGUAAAACUAUCAAAGAUGCUUGUGGGAAGAUUAAAAACUUAGUUUUUGCAAUACUGCUUGGAAACAACCGCCUAAUAACGUUAGUCCAAAUGAAAAAAUACCACUUGCAUCCCGCAGAUCUUCACUUAAUCUUUAACUUGGUGGCGGCCACAGAAAGUCUCAAAAACUACGAAAAUUGGACUCCGUUGUGCCUGCCACGGUUUGAUAACAGUGGAUUUCUUUACGCCCAUGUGUCGUACUUAGCGGAAGAUUGUCAGGCCUGUUUGAUCUUACUAACGGUCGAAAAAGACAUGUUUUAUCCAUUAAACAACGCCAAACAGAAGAUAGUGGAAAAGCUGCGGGUCACCAACUGUUUGGAGCAUAUCAACACCUCUCUGUUAAAAAUGGAGGAGAGUGCCAUAGCCACAGGCUUUCCAGAGCUGAGACAUUAUUUAUAUAAAUGCAAAUCGACGGCUCAGUUUUACCAGCCGGCGAUUUGUCCUCCGUAUACAAAGGACAAAGUAAAAUUGAUGGAGUUGUACAAGAGGGCCCAUCAGAAAAUGCACUCGAGCACAAGACCUUUGAAAUUGAGCUUCGAAAGGUCUUUAGAGGAGGCAGUUUUUUCUUGGGACACCAAAGGAUUUGAAUUGUAUGCAGUCUUUGAGCCUCUAACUGAGACGGCCAGUGCAAUAAAUUGUGUGAGCAAACUGUUAAAUUGGAUUAAGAAAAAGGAGGACCGAUUGUUUCAUUUAAAUGCUUACACUUUUUAAUUUUUGUUGAGUAAUUAUUAAGGUUGUUAAGUAUUAGAUCUUAUAUUAUAGGUUAACCAAUAAAUUUUUAAGAAGG